CCUCUUCCUGCCCACCACCCACCUCGCCGCGAUGACACCGCCGCACAUCGACCCCUCGCGCCUGCACCGCACCGCGCUCGCCGCGCUGCCCGACAUUCUCGCCGAGCUGCCGUACCGCGCACGCUACGCCGUCUGGGGCAACGUGCGCUAUGCCUAUCUCGACAUUGCCGGCCCCGUGCUCGACACGCGCGACGGCUGCGAGGCGCCACAUGCCGAGCAAAGCGGCAAGGCCGUCGUCACCGAGACGGUGCUGUGUCUGCAUGGCGAGCCUUCAGUAUGUGUUGCCACUUCACCGCGUGCUCGGUCUUGCCACGCAUGGGCCCCCUGAAGUGAUCCCUGUGCUCAAACAACCAACAGUGGGGCUAUCUCUACCGCAAGAUGAUCCCCGGCUUUCUCACCGCCUGUGCCCCUCGUCCGCACGCCACACCAGAGCAGCGCUACGUGCGGCGGCGCGUGCUGGUGCCCGAUCUCAUCGGGUAAGUGCUGGUGGUGGUGGUGCGCGUCCAGGGACACUCUCUUCCUCGCCCUCGCACCUCUCUGCGCAGAGGUAGGGCAGGCCUUUUGCCCUCCUUACCGUGCCCCCGCCCCC